AUGUCAUUCUCCUACGACCGCUACGACCGCCGACAACAGAGCUCGCGUCGAUCCACGUUCGGAUACUGGGUCCCUCUGGUCAUCACUGUCACCAUCGCCACUGCAGGCGUCGCAGCAUGGGUUUGGAGCGAACGCAAGGACGGCGACGACGAUGACGACGCAGACCUUAGCUAUGGCGAGGAAGAGCGCACAUACCGUCCGCCGCCGCCGCCGGGCUAUGCGGAGGAUACAUACUCGGAGUCGGUUGGUGUCACCAGAGAACAAGAUGAGGGCUUUAUGGCGCGCAUGUCGGGGGCCAUUCGUCGCACGCCCAGCCCGCAGCAAGUGUUCGACAAUGCAAGCAGAAGACUCGCGGCCGGUGUAGCUGCGGCCGGCACUGCGUUUGGCGCCGCGCUCGGCUCUAUCCGCGAGGAAGACCGCGAGGACUAUGGUGACCAUUCCAGAUGGUCUGAAGAAGCUGCACGCCGCAACGUCGAGGCCCAGUCGUCGCAGAGUUCUGCGGCGGUUGGUACGCAUACCGCUGCCUUCAACGCCGCGCUUCAACCUCCCGCCCAGCCCCCGCGGCCAGGCGCAAGGAAGAAGACUGUCGUAGUUGUUGUCUCUGCGGACUCUGUCAUAGGCGAUGAUGACCAUGCCCCAUACCAAGAGCAUGCGUCCAUACUUUCGCACCUGCCGCCAACAAACUUCGCGACGACCAAUCUUUUCGUCCUCAUUUAUGCGCCAUCACUCAAGCCCCGGUCCAGUUCCAGUAAUCAAUCAGGCUCCCUCGGUUCUUCGUACGCCGCCAUCCCUACGCCUGCCCAGACCCCUGGUGAUGACAUGUCGUCUCUUGACCCGCAUCCCUAUGGCAGCGGCCAGAACACGCCGAAGUCUGGGAAUACCCCAUCCAUGUCAGCUUCGACUUCUGAAUCUGCGCUUUACAACAGUAUCUAUGCGCGUGCGCUACGCUUGGUCAAAGACCGCACGAUGGUCAUGCCGUUUACGACACCGAGUGGACACGUGCACAUGCUGCGCCAUCUGGCACCUGACCUGGUCUACGUGACCGAAGAUCUCUCAGGCACCCAAGGGGAAUAUGUCGAACAGAUCAGGAACUGGGUUGGCCAGGUCAUGGUCGUUGUCGGCACUGGCGGUGUCGGUCUUGGCCUUGUGGAUACCGAGGAUGAGGGCGAAGGCACCGGGAGAGUUCAGGAGAAGAAGUGGUGGGAGACCACUACGAUGGUCGGACUGGGCAAAGGCGUAGAGGUUGUGGAUGGGGCAAGGCUGCUUGAUGAUUUCGAACGACGGGUCGGCGGCAAAGAAUGA